AUGAAUGCGAUUAAAAGGUUUCACAAAUUAGAAAGUAAACUGAUCAAUGACACAGUCAUACGUCAACAAUAUUCGGAGUUCAUGAGGGAAUAUGAAAAACUCGGGCACAUGACCAAGGUGCCGACGUGGGCAACGGAAGUGGAUGGAAAGGGAGUUUUUUACCUACCACAUCAUGGUGUCGUGAAGGAUAGUGCAACCACUAAACUACGAGUGGUGUUCGAUGCAUCCGCCAAAACAGGAAACGGUAUUUCGUUGAAUAAUACGCUCAUGGUGGGUCCUACAAUACAGGAAGAUCUUUUUGCUAUCAUCAUUCGUUUUAGACAACACAAUGUAGCAAUGGUAGCGGACAUAGAGAAGAUGUACCGACAGGUGGAAAUUGUAGAAGAGCAACGUGAUUUACAGCGAAUUAUGUGGCGUUCGGAUCCAAACCUGCCUCUAGAAGUCUACACAUUAAACACCGUAACAUACGGCACAGCUCCAGCUUCAUUCAUUGCUAUAUGA